AUGGUUGAACAAAUGCGGAUUCAACAUGAAGAAAUGAAAACGCUGCCCACCGCCUUGGCACCCACGCAGAGAACCACCGUCCAGGACGUCAGCAAGAAUCAAUACGACCAGCUGAGUAAGGAUGUGCAAAUGUUCGUGUCCGACGAAGAGGUGGGUCAUACUUUCGCCUAUUGGUACAAGAGGUACGGAGGGGUCAUCAGGGAUUCGGUCUUGCUGGAUAGCAAGAAGCGCGAUUUGAUCCUCAUGAAGCUGGACGAGGAUGCACAUCGCAAAUAUGCUGAUGACAUACUACCGAAACAACCGCCCGAGAUCGAUUUCGAGACGACGAUCGCGAAUCUGGAGAAGCUUUUCGCGCCAAGGAAGACGCUGAUUCGACGACGGUACGAGUGUCUCAGGAUAAAUUGCCCGCCGCUGACGGCCAGUUUUGUACCAUUCCGCGACUACGCUAACAUGAUCAAGCGGAUGAAGGACACCAUGUGCGUCAACGCCAGGACAUCUUUCUCCGGUGGGCGCCAGUUGAGGACGUCGCUGACGUUGCUGAAGGAAUCUGCUAAAGACGAAGGAACGCGCAAUGUGGAAAUUGAAGAACAGUUCAAUCUUCAUCAUAGAGCACAGAAGAGAUCGUACCACCAGGAAGAACUCGUGUGGUUGCGUGACUACCGCCCACGACAUGAGAAAUGGAUCCCAGCUCGUGUGAAGAAUCGCUAUGGACAAACUGUGUACGACAUGCUAACGGAAGAGGAUGUUUUGUGGAGAAGACAAACCAGAUGCGUGGAGAAAGGCACCGGAGAGUUAGCUGCGAGAAGGCUGAAGCCAAGAUGCCGUUCAACCAGGAAGACCGACAGUACCAUGGUAUGGCAAGGACGAUCGCCGACGUCAACGACAAUGUCAACGAUCGAGCACCAACUAUCGUGCCGCCGACAACGACUAGACCAGUUCGACAACGCCGACCGCCGAUAG